CGGGGGCGGGGGGCGCGGCGAGGCCGGAACUGCGGGUGGGGGGCUUCCUGGGGGCGGGGGGCGCCGAGCGGCGGCGGCGCGGCUGCAGGAGCGCGAGGCGGCGGCGGUGGAACUGGCGGGGUCCCAGCGCGGCGCCCGCGACCCCCGGCCUCCAGGCAUGGGCGCCCCUGCGGGGCAGAGCAGCUCAGGGCCUGCUGGUGCGCGACCCCGGAAAGCAGGAGUGGAGAGGCUAGAGGAGCCCGCGGGGCCAGGCCUCCACCAUGGACAGAGGCCAGGCCCUGCCCCUCCCAGGCAGCCUGGUGCCUUCUCCUGGGCCCUGACAGCUGACAGGAUAAUGUGGUUGGCCAAGGCCUGUUGGUCCAUCCAGCGUGAGAUGCCCUGUAUCCAAGCCCAAUAUGGGACACCAGCACCGAGUCCAGGACCCCGUGACCACCUGGCAAGCGACCCCCUGACCCCUGAGUUCAUCAAGCCCACCAUGGACCUGGCCAGCCCUGAGGCGGCCCCCGCUGCCCCCACUGCCCUGCCCAGCUUCAGCACCUUCAUGGACGGCUACACAGGAGAGUUUGACACCUUCCUCUACCAGCUGCCGGGAACAGUUCAGCCAUGCUCCUCAGCCUCCUCCUCGGCCUCCUCCACAUCCUCGUCCUCAGCCACCUCCCCUGCCUCUGCCUCCUUCAAAUUCGAGGACUUCCAGGUGUACGGCUGCUACCCCGGCCCCCUGAGCGGCCCAGUGGAUGAGGCCCUGUCCUCCAGUGGCUCUGACUACUAUGGCAGCCCCUGCUCGGCCCCAUCACCGUCCACGCCCAGCUUCCAGCCGCCCCAGCUCUCUCCCUGGGAUGGCUCAUUCGGCCACUUCUCGCCCAGCCAGACUUACGAAGGCUUGCGGGCAUGGACAGAGCAGCUGCCCAAAGCGUCUGGGCCCCCACAGCCUCCAGCCUUCUUUUCCUUCAGUCCUCCCACUGGUCCCAGCCCCAGCCUGGCCCAGAGCCCCCUGAAGUUGUUCCCCUCACAGGCCACCCACCAGCUGGGGGAGGGAGAGAGCUAUUCCAUGCCGACCGCCUUCCCAGGUUUGGCACCCACUUCUCCACACCUUGAGGGCUCGGGGAUACUGGAUGCACCCGUGACCUCAACCAAGACCCGGAGCGGGGCCCCAGGUGGAACUGAAGGCCGCUGUGCUGUGUGUGGGGACAACGCGUCAUGCCAGCAUUAUGGUGUCCGCACCUGCGAGGGCUGCAAGGGCUUCUUCAAGGACGGGGUCAGCCCUGCCAGGUGGGCUGCCUUCCUGGAGACCCAUAGAUGCCAGGGCUGGAAGCUUUCAUUUGACAGGACACUCAGGGGCCCAUGGGAUUGCACAGAGCUGGAGGGAGGGCGCACAGUGCAGAAAAACGCCAAGUACAUCUGCCUGGCUAACAAGGACUGCCCUGUGGACAAGAGGCGGCGAAACCGCUGCCAGUUCUGCCGCUUCCAGAAGUGCCUGGCGGUGGGCAUGGUGAAGGAAGUUGUCCGAACAGACAGCCUGAAGGGGCGGCGGGGCCGGCUACCUUCAAAACCCAAGCAGCCUCCAGAUGCCUCCCCUGCCAAUCUCCUCACUUCCCUGGUCCGUGCACACCUGGACUCAGGGCCCAGCACUGCCAAACUGGACUACUCCAAGUUUCAGGAGCUGGUGCUGCCCCGCUUUGGGAAGGAAGAUGCUGGGGAUGUACAGCAGUUCUACGACCUGCUCUCCGGUUCUCUGGAGGUCAUCCGCAAGUGGGCGGAGAAGAUCCCUGGCUUUGCUGAGCUGUCACCAGCUGACCAGGACCUGUUGCUGGAGUCAGCCUUCCUGGAGCUCUUCAUCCUCCGCCUGGCAUACAGGUCUAAGCCAGGAGAGGGCAAGCUCAUCUUCUGCUCAGGCCUGGUGCUACACCGGCUGCAGUGUGCCCGUGGCUUCGGCGACUGGAUUGACAGCAUCCUGGCCUUCUCAAGGUCCCUGCACAGCUUGGUUGUCGAUGUCCCUGCCUUCGCCUGCCUCUCUGCUCUUGUCCUCAUCACCGACCGGCAUGGGCUGCAGGAGCCGCGGCGGGUGGAGGAGCUGCAGAACCGCAUCGCCAGCUGCUUGAAGGAGCACGUGGCAGCUGUGGCAGGCGAGCCCCAGCCGGCCAGCUGCCUGUCACGUCUGUUGGGCAAACUGCCCGAGCUCCGGACCCUGUGCACCCAGGGCCUGCAGCGUAUAUUCUACCUCAAGUUGGAGGACUUGGUGCCCCCUCCACCCAUCAUCGACAAGAUCUUCAUGGACACGCUGCCCUUCUGACUCCCGCCUGGGAACACGUGUGCACAUGUGCACUCUCAUACGCCACCCCACGUGCCUUUAGUCCACGGACCCCCAGAGCACCCCCAAGCCUGGGCCUGCGCUGCAGAAUGACUCCACCUUCUCACCUGCUCCAGGAGGUUGGCAGGGAGCUCAAGCCCUUGGGGAGGGGAUGCAUUCAUGGGGGUGACCCCACGAUUUGUCUUAUUCCCCCAGCCUGGCCCUGGCCUUUAUGUUUUUUGUAAGAUAAACCGUUUUUAACACAUAGCGCCGUGCUGUAAAUAAGCCCAGUGCUGCUGUAAAUACAGGAAGAAAGAGCUUGAGGUGGGAGUGGGGUUGGGAGGAAGGGAUGGGCCCCACCCACCUGGGCAGCCUUUCCAGCCUCUUGCUGGCUCUCUCUUCCUACCCUUCUUCCACAUGUACAUAAACUGUCACUCUAGGAAGAAGACAAAUGACAGAUUCUGACAUUUAUAUUUGUGUAUUUUCCUGGAUUUAUAGUAUGUGACUUUUCUGAUUAAUAUAUUUAAUAUAUUGAAUAAAAAAUAGACAUGUAGCUGGAA